AUGCCAGGAAGUCCCUUGGCGAUUGAAGUGCAGGGAGCUCUCGAUGUUUUAACUUCUGUGCCGGAUAAAACUUCAGAUAAAGUAACAAUUAAUACGGUCGCACCACUCCUGCCACCUGCAGCGAGGCAACUUUCACGCAUAUUCCAUAUUCCACAUGAUUUUAUGCAUAGGCUUGCAGCACAAAGUGGAUAUAUUGAUUAUAACCCAAAUACUACACCUCCCUCCGAUUUUUUAAAUGAUUUAAUGAAACAAAAUCGGUUGAAUUCAUUUUUGCCAACAGAAAGACUAUCAACAAAUGAAGUUUUCAUUAAUAAUAAUCGAGAUCGAUUGAUGAAAGGCAUGACCCAAUUUUCGCAAAAUCUUUCAUCAUUAAGGUCAUUAUGGAUUUUUCCAAAUAAAGGAUUUAAGAAGAAAUUAUUAGCGAUGGGAGAUUCGUAA